UGUUUUGUUUCCAUAGCUACCGGUAUAUAAACAUAUCUAAAUAUAUUGAGCGGUCUUAGCCGUCCAUAUAGACAUCAAAAACGAAAAAAAAUUGUAAACAUUUUUAAGUAAACGGAUAGGCCUUUUUGAUCGAUGUUUCCUACACCGGAUAAGCGAAGACAGCUACGACACACUGCUCUUUGUCGGGAUGUACAAAGUAUCAAACAGCAUGAGAGUUAUCAUAAAGAUCUACAACAAAUCCAGCGGAAUAGUGAACUUAAUUUACAAAAGCGGCAACAAACUGCCAUACGACGCGAAAAAGAUCUGGAGGCUCAUCGGCAAGAUACAGCAGAAAAGGAGGCAAACCGCCAAAAACAAAUUGAGGAAGAACAAAAGCUCGCCAUCGAACUAUAUGAAACUAAUCGACGAAAAAUCAACGAAGAAAAACUUCGUCAACAACUACGCGACUCCAAUCAAGAGCUAAGGGAAUUAGAAUCCAAGCUACGAGCUGCUUACGUAGCAAAAGGAAUUGCUGCACAAAAGGCAGAAUUGGAAGCCAAAAGACUAGAGGAACAGUUAGUCGCUCGGAAAGAGCAAGAAGAAUUGGAACGACUUCGACUUGAAAAUGUGGACUAUGUUCGGCAAUGUCAAGAGGAUGAAUGGAAACGCAAACAGGAACUGCGACAGGUUCUGUUAAACCAGAUGCAUGCUUUGCACCGGCAAAAACAAAUUAUGUACGAAGAAUUUCUGCAAGAUAAGAUUUAUUUCGAUGAAAUAUGUAAACGCAUUCAAGAAGAACAAUUUGAAGAAAUUCAACGGAAAUUUGAAAUGCAGAAACGUACUCGCAAAGAAAUGGAAUAUUUCCAAGAAGCUAAAGCAAUCUGGCAGGAACGACAAAAGAUUGCAAUGGCAGAAGAAAAUGAUCGCAUUCGUGUCUACUUAGAAAAACAAGAAGCAGAGCAGCAAGAAAUGAACAGGCGUAAAUUGCUAAGUAUUCAAUCUAGAGAACGUUUGAACGAGAAAAUGGUUUCUGAACUACAAGCAGAGUUUGAUGAGGCCCGCAAGCGCGAGGGUUUACUACUAGAUAUGUAUGCUGCUGAAAUGGAAGAACGUCAAGAGAACAGAAUCCAGCAAGAUCUUGAGCAACAAUUACGUCGACGAAUUGAGGCAAGACUGGGUUUGGAACGUCAGAUAGUAGACAUUCAGUCUCGUCGAGAACGUGAAGCCGAUGAAGAUCGAAAGUUUAAGGAAGACCAGUUACGGCAAUGGGCCGAACGAGAUCGAAUAGAUCAGAUGACAGCAGCGAAAAGACGAUUGAAAAUAUCAGAGCAUCGUCGAGCAAUAGAGGGAUUGCUUGAAGACCGCCGACGUCGUCGAACAGACGAGGUAAAGCAGAUGCUGGAACAACAAAUCAUGUUCGAAGAGGAAGUGAAUCGCCGGCAAAAUAUCAUCGAAGAAGAGCGUAUAAAAUUGCUAAAGGAGCAUGUGACUAAUCUUCUAGGAUUUUUACCUCCGGGUGUACUUCGAGAAAGUGACAGAGAGCAUAUUCCGUUACCCAAAUCGACAAAGUAGCAAAAGAGGAACGAUUUUUUUUGUAAUAUGUAACGUGCGAAAUAUAAUAAAUGCAAUCAACAUAUUGUUACUGUCCUGAAA